UCCCUGAGCCAGCCUCAGGGAAACAGCCUAAGUUACAGUACACAACAAAAGCCAACAUUGCCAACUGGAGACCUGCAACCACAACACAACAACCUGAAGCCGUUUAUUGCAGGAAAUGUGCGUAAUUACGCACGGGACUGAAGGAAUUUAGCGACCAGACGGGCAGGAUGGGAUGCUCCACCAGUACCCAAACUUCAGCGGUAGAUACGACUCGACCAAGCGCUAAGCUUGAGGAGAGCAACGGAGCCAGCACUACAGGAGCGGCCAAUGAAAAUGGGAAUGUAGCUGAGGACAGUGAAACUAUUCCGGACCAGACAGCUGCUGAGGGAAGCGAUGCCAAGCCUGCAGAAGAGCCUGCCGUGACAGCCGCGUCUGCAGACACCACAGCUGCAACUCCACCAGCAGCAGAAGAGUCUCAGGAUGCAGCCGGCAGCCCGCCUGAUGAGACUUCAGCAGCAGCAGCAGGAGACAGCACCGCUGAGACAGCAGCAAGCUCCUCUGAGGCUGGAGCUCCUGCCCCAGAGCCAGAAAAAGGGGAUGCCGGAGCGACUGACUCAGAGCCCAAAACAGACGAGACACCUGCUCCCAGUGAGUGACGUGCGACAUGACCGAGUGCACAGAGGAGUUUAUCUGCACGCAUGAGUGAAAGUAUGUCCGUGUGUGUGUGUAUGUGUGUGAGAGAGAAAGACAUUGUCUUGUUGCCAAGAUCCAGACCCCGUGGAAACCACUUUGAGUCCGGGUGCUCAGUCACCACUGUGCCUUCUUCCUCCUCCUGGAUGUCUGCAGUCUCUCCUCUUAGACUGUGAAUAGAGUUCAACAGCACUUAGGUUUGUUUAUCUGUAACAGCUGAGAGAAGCUUAGAUUACUAUUUAUUAUCUGUAAUGAAAUAGCACCAUAAACUGUAUGUCCUUAACUUAUUCUUGAAACCUAAGAGUUUGUUUCUGUGAAAACUAAAGCCAAAGUAUAUUAGAUAUUAGAAGAUAUUAUAUUUCUUUUUUGGGGGGUGAGGGGUAGCUAGCUUUGAUUUUAUUAUCAUAUUUAAAGUAGGCGUAAAUCUAAGAGGGUUUUUUCCUGAUGUGUCAUGAUUUUUAGUAUUCCCAAAAAUCUGUAAUCUGUAAUAAGCUGUUGAAAAAUUAAAAAGAUCACCUUAAAA